GGGAAGCACAGUAGCAGCGUGGGUGUUGUGACAGUUAUUAGACACCAAUAAAUCGGCGGAAAAAAUGGACGACGAUAGUAAUCACAGCAGUUUGAAGGUAGAAAAAAGCUGCGGUUCGGUUACGCCGUUUUCGAUUAACGAUAUUUUGAGUAAAAAAGUUGAGCAGAACGUUGAUAGAGACGAUGAUAGUGAUGUGCAGGAAUCUGCCUUGGAUAUGUCUAAGAACCAAAAGAUUUUAGAAGAUUCACUGUCGGAUUUGUCGACCCUAGCUAGCGACUAUUCAUCCUGUCACCAAUCAGACGACACCGGCAGGGACGCCAACCAACCUAACCGCAAGAAACGCUCGCGAGCCGCGUUCACACACGCGCAAGUCUUCGAACUCGAACGCAGAUUCAGUCAACAGCGAUAUCUCAGCGGUCCCGAAAGAGCUGAUUUGGCGGCGGCCCUCAAGCUGACGGAGACGCAAGUCAAAAUUUGGUAUCAAAAUAGAAGGUACAAAACCAAACGAAAGCAGCUACAGAUGCAAGAAUCCAGCCUCCUGAACCAAAGUGCGAAACGUGUAGCUGUAAAAGUACUAGUCAAAGACGAUAUCCCCGUUUUUCUACAACAGAAGAACCCAGUCUAUCAAAAAACAAGUUACUACCCCGACCAAGCCAAGAACGAUUUCUUUAUGGUUCAAAAAUAUCCAAAAUCCAUCCAGGAAUCGAUGCUGAGUCUGUGUCAACAGUAUUCUAGUUCUAUACAACUUUUUCCUUAUUUUAAUUAUUACCAUCCGUCGUUGGUUGGGAAUAUGAGCCAUCACGAAGAAGAGACGAAUGUCGAGAGUAGGGAAGAUCUUAAUUAGUGGAGGAAAAAUCACUUGUGGCACUGAAAUAAUCACAAAAAUAUACUUGAGAUACACAAAACAAUGUUACAUUAUAAAGGCCGUUAUUUGCGCUAGAUAAUUGCUCUAAAAAACGUAUUUUUUAGUAGUUUUUCUAUUAUUAUUUUCAAAGAAGAAAGAACAUUUCUUCUUUUAAAAUUAGACAUAUGUUGCUUAUUUCGACAUUAAAAAUUUGUUGAAUGUUAUCAUUUGG